CCCUAACUAACGUAUCUUCUUCUUUAUCAUCUUUCAAUUAAAAUACCAAAAAGAAGAUCUCAAAAUAUAUCCAUUAGAGCAUAAUUAGUUCAAUGGACAAUAAUUAUCUUUGGGAGAUCUUCACUAAUAACAAACAAAAUAUUAGUGAAGAUCAUGUUGAUCAUCACCACCACCUACUUCAGAUUCAGAUUCCUAAUUUCCAAUUAAAUGGAUUUUCCCAACAAGAUAAUCAAGAUCUCAUAAAGGAUCAUGUUGGUUCGUCAGUUAUUACGUCUCAAUUCCAAACAAGUUGUGAUCAGCUAUAUAAAUCUUCAACCGUCAGCACAAAUACUUCAAUUAUUACGCCUCAACUCCAAACAAGUAGUGAUUGUUUAUGUAAAUCUUUAUUCAGUACGAAAAGUACAAUUACGCCUCAGUUCCAGACAAGUUGUGAUCGGCUGUAUAAAUCUUCAGUCAACAGAAGUAGUACAUCAAUUAUUACGCCUAAUCAACUCCAGACAAGUUGUGAUCGACUAUAUAAAUCUUCAGUUAAUACUGAAAGUACUAAUCUUGAUAGGACUAAGGAGGGGUUAAGAAGUCAUGAUGAAUCAAAUAAGCUCAAGAAAGUUGUGCAUAGAAAUAUUGAAAGGCAUAGAAGACAAGAAAUGGCAAAUCGUGUUACUUCUCUAAGAUCUCUAAUUCCCAUUGAGUUCAUCAAGGGUAAACGUUCAGCAUCAGAUCAUAUGCAUGCAGCUGUGAAUUAUAUAAAGUAUCUUCAGAAGAAUAUACAAGAGUUGGAUAAUACAAGAAAAAAUAUUAUUUCAUUGGAUGAUCAAAAUAAAAGUUCAACAAUUAUUAAUACUUUUCAGCAAAAUAAUAAUUGUGUCACAGUGAAUAAAUGUGAAGAUGGUAUGGAGAUUUUGAUUAAUGUCAAUAAUAGCCAUAAAGAAGAAAUAUUUUCUUUGUCAAAAGUGCUGAGAUGGCUACUUGAAGAUGGGCUAAAUGUGGUUAGUUGUGAUAAUUCCAAACAAGAUGAAAGGACUUUAAUCAGGAUCCAAUGUCAGGUGAGUGAUAUAUCAUCAGGUCUCACUGUAGUUGGGCUGCAAAAGAAACUGACUGAUGUGAUUAAUUAGAGCAGAAAAAAAAGGGCGGAUUCAGAAUUUUAAAUUUGGUGCGUUCAAUUUUCAAAAUUCUUAGCACUGAUUUAGCUAUAUUUUUGAAGUCAUGAGUUCAAUAACUAUAUUCCUUAUCAUUUGCUAAAUUUUCAUAGUUUUCACGUAUGUAUGUAACUAUGUAUCUAUGUUUCGUGUUAAAAAUAUUGGAUUUGAUUCAUAAUCUACGUGUGUACGUUUAGUCAGUGGCGUAUCCAAAUACAGGU